AUGUUGAUCAAAUUCGGAUUGAUGGAAAAAAUCACAGAGGAAAAUGGUACAAUCAGCUGGAAUAUUCAGAAUGACACGAACAAACUAUCCGAAUUCUAUUCAACAUUCAACGUCGAUUCACCGUUUGGAUUGACAUGUGAGUUCUGCAAAUUAAAAUUCUCACAGCAACUACCAAUAGAGAAUGAGAACAGAAAUUCACACCAAUCGGCCGAAACGAGCAAAAACCAACAAAAGAAUAUUGAAACACCACAAAUAUCACCUGUGAACGGUGUAUAUGCCAUUCACGUAUCACGAAUGCCAAAAGAAACCACAACCGAUGAUGUUGCUGCUCUUAUCAUAGUCUUACCAGUUGAAACCGAUGCCAUGAAAAAGAAGAGACAAAAUCCGAAGCCACAACAAAAUGUGCAGCAACAAGUCAAUUCUAAUCGGAAUCAUCGCAACAACAACAACUAUAACAACAGAAAUAUCUAUGAGACACAUCAAAACAAUCACAUCGAUCGAAGGAGACUUGUCAAUGGGAAUGGGCGUCGUCGUCAUGAAUAUCGUCCACAAUACCGAGAGAGGCAGAUACCG